CCAAUAGGAGCAACAAUGAAGAAUCUCCUCGCACUCGUCGUAGUAGUGGCGUAUCUAGCUACCUGCGAAGGGGGCUACGCGUACGGGGACAUCAACGAAAACUUCAAGUUUGAGGACCUUGAGAAGAACCCCGCGGCUCUGAAAAAGCAGGUCGACUGUUACCUGGACAGGGCGCCCUGUGAUGAUAUACCUCAACAUUAUAAGACCCACAUCCGAGAAGAGAUCGUCAACAGCUGCGCAGAAUGCGACGUCCGUUUGAAGCAUAACAUCAAGACAUUCCUUCAUAUCCUAAAGAAGACUCUGCCAGAGGAAUACAAGAGCUUCCGUGCUAAAUACGACCCCGAUGGCACGCUGUUUGACCGCAUCGAGAAUAUUGUAACUCCUUUCUAGAACUUCUAGAUGAGAUAUAGAACCUUUA